AUGGGUAUCCUGGGCCACCACAAGCUCGACCCUGUCGCCGAACCUAUCGCCAUAUUCGAACAAUUUGUCUCACAGGAGCCGCAGACAGUAGUCCUGAGGGAAAAGGUGCUCUCUGUCUCUGGAGAUAGCUUUGAAAUCAAGUUGGCCAAUGGUGAGCCUUUGUUGAAAGUGCACGGAGCCUGGGUCUCGUUUUCCGGUCGCAAGAAGGUCGAGGAUGCCAAUGGCAAGCACUUGUUUGAUAUUGUCAAGGAGCUUUUACAUAUCCGCUCUACCUACGCCAUUGAAGACACCCAUCAUAAAAAGAUUUGUGAGGUGAAGAGUAAUCUCACAUUGCUCGGCUCCAAAGCCACCGCCAGUUUCACUGAUCGCAACGGCAAAGCAGUGAGUCUCAAGAUGAACGGAGGCUGGUUCGAUCGUACUGCCGAUAUUGUCGACGAGAAAAGCGGCCAAACAGUGGCUCGCAUUGACCGGAAACUGCUUAGCGGCCGUGACCUUGUAUUUGGCCAGCAGACCUACGCCGUUGUUGUGGCCCCUGGUGUGGAUGCAGCACUGAUUGCCGCUUUGUGUAUUUGUUUUGAUGAGAAGAACAACGAGGAACGUGGCGAAUAG